AUGACAUUACUAGCCACAGGUCCCAAUAUUCGAAAGCGCGGCCGACCACGAAAUUACCCAUCCGAGGAGCAGAGGCGCGAGGCUCGCACGAUUCAACGGCGGCAUCAACGGCGACGACAGUUCGCCAGAGCCGCCGAGGCCGCCAACGAUGCAGCUCAAAUUACGAGCCUAUACGCUGGCUCCUGCGGCCCCCGCCCGCGUCCCGUAGGACCGGCAUCGUUGCGUUCGUCUCGUCGCGUUCGACCCGGCGGAAGUCAUCACGCGGGGGAGACCCGCGGCGUCGCCCGCGGACCCCCAUGGACCCGCCGGGAUAAGGUCUUCGGACGAGUUAGGGGGGGCAGCGACAGCAGCAUCGACGGUAUCACGAAGGGUGAGAUACGAUAG